AUGAACGGACGCGAUUUCGCAAGCGGCGGUUCCGGAUUUUCCGGCGCCGAAUUCGGCGACGCUGCUGAAGCUGGUGUCGUCGCAGCUCCUAUCGCGGAUUUCAUGGCUCUUGUAUCGAAUGACAGCAUAGCGGAGUUUUUGAAAGUGGUGACGAAACGUCCCCACAUUGCGGGUACCCCCGAAAACUUUGAAACUGCUAGAUACGUGAAAGAACAGCUGGAGGCUUUCGGCGUCACAGCCCACUACGCGGACUACCCCGUGCUGCUGAGCCGGCCAAUCAAACAGCGCAUCGCGAUCGUUGAGCCAAUCACGCGCGAGCUGGCGCUUCGGGAGCUUCCCGUACCUGGCGACCCGUACUCGCACGACCCUCUUGCUUCGGUGCCGUUCCUGGCCUACACGCCCGGGACGAGGGGGAGGGGUAGCAGGGGGGGAGGAGGAGGAGGAGGAGGAGGAGGAGGAGGAGGAGGAGGAGGAGGAGGAGGAGGAGGAGGAGGAGGAGGAGGAGGAGGAGGAGGGGAGGAGGAAGGGGGGAGUGUGAGAGGCCCUGUCAUAUAUGCCAACUACGGAAGAGAGGAGGAUUUCCAGAUGCUCAUUAAUUUGCUGGGAGGAGGAAAAGGAGGGGAGGGAGGGGGAAAGGGAGGAGGAGGCGGAGGAGGAGAAAGGGUGUGCGUGGGAGCGAUAGUGCUGAUGCGAUAUGGGGAGAUUUAUAGAGGAGACAAGGUGCGCAAUGCAGCAGCGUGUGGCGCCACAGCAGCAAUCAUCUACUCCGAUCCGGCUGACUAUGCCACCAACGCCACCUCUCCAGGCGCCAUCUACCCCCCCGGCCCGGGCCUACCCCCCUCUGGCGCCCAGCGCGGCUCAAUCUACGAGUCUCUUGGCGACCCGCAGACGCCAGGCUGGCCGUCCCGCCCGGGCGGCGAGCGCUUGUCCUUAUCCGAGGCGGCUGGCAGCCUGCCGCCGAUCCCCGCCCUGCCGCUGUCGUACGGGCAGGCGAAUUACAUCCUGGAGCUGCUUGGGGGUGCUGCUGCACCAGAGGAGUGGAUUGGGGAUAUCGAAGGGUUGGAGUAUCGUGUUGGACCCGGGCCUGUGGUGGUGAAGAUGGAAAUAGAGGUGAAUGACACCGUUUCCAACAUUCGCAACGUGAUUGGGACGAUCAAGGGCCAAUCAGAACCUGACAGAUACGUGCUGGUGGGCAACCAUCGCGAUGCGUGGGUGUUUGGUGCUGCCGACCCCAACAGUGGCACCGCAUGCAUGCUCGAGAUGGCACGCGUGUUUGGGACCAUGCUGGCUGCUGGCUGGCGGCCUGCGCGCUCCAUCGUGUUUGGCUCGUGGGAUGCAGAGGAGUUUGGACUGAUUGGCUCGACAGAGUGGGUGGAGGACAACGCCCCGUUGCUCUCCUCCCGCGCCGUCGCGUACAUAAACGUCGACACCGCCGUGUCUGGCGCGGGGUUCCACGCUGCAGCCACUCCACAGCUGGAUGACGUCAUCAGAGAGGUUGCUGAGCUGGUGGAGGAUCCAGACAAGCAAGGCCGGUCGGUGUAUGCCUCGUGGGCUGAGAGGACCAACCGCACCGUGCCCUAUCUUGGCAGGCUGGGCGGGGGCGGCAGCGACUAUGCUCCCUUCCUGCAGCACCUUGGGAUUGCCGCCGCUGACCUGCACUUCGGGGACGACUACCCCAUGUAUCACAGCCUGUACGACAACUACCACUACAUGACAAUAGUCUUGGACCCACUCUUCUCCCGCCACCGCGCCUCCGCCCAGCUGUGGGGCUGCCUUGCCCUGCGCCUGGCAGGAGACGCGGCCCUCCCCUUCAACUACUCCACAUACGCCCUCCGGCUCAAGCUGUGGGGCUCCCUUGCCCUGCGCCUAGCAGGAGACGCGGCUCUCCCGUUCAACUACUCCACAUACGCCCUCCGGCUCAAGGCCUCGUUACAGUCACACGCAGCACAGCAGCACGUGUCUCUGGAUGCUAUCUGGAACGCCGUUGGCCAGCUGGAGACAGCAGUGAGGGCGAUCACCAAUCAGAGAGCAGAGGCCAUUGCAGCAGUAGCAGCAGGAGGAGCAGUAGGAGAAGGAGAGCGAGCGGGGGGGGGAGGAGGAGGAGAAGCAGGCGGAGGAGGGGGAGGAGAAGCGGGAGGAGGAGGAGGAGGGGGAGGAGGAGGAGAAGCGGGAGGAGGAGGAGGAGGGGGAGGAGGAGGAGAAGCUGGAGGAGGAGGAGGAGGGAGAGGAGGAGGAGAAGCUGGAGGAGGAGGGGGAGGAGAAGCAGGCGGAGGAGGGGGAGGAGAAGCUGCAGGAGGGGGAGGAGGAGUGGCAUUGGCACGGCGCAGAUUGAUGAGUGCAUCCCUCAGCAGCAUGCCUCACCGCAGUGCAUCCCUCAGCAUGCCUUCUCCUCUUCUUCUGAGGGACAUCAAUGACCGACUCAUGCUCGCUGAGCGCGGCUUCCUGGAAGCUGCUGGGCUCGGGCCUGGCUACACAUGGCGUGGCAAUGACUAUGGGUCGGUGGCCUUCCCUUCAGCCCUCACACCUGCCCUUACAUUCUCCUCCCACUCCUCUCCCCCUUCUGCCCACUUGCCCCCUUCCUCCCUGCCAGGUGUAUGGGCCGAGCCGUGCCAACGACUAUGGGUUGGUGGCCUUCCCUUCAGCCUUUGCACCCUGCCUUCGUACUCUCCUCCCUCUCCAGUUCUCCCUGCACUCUCCCCUCCCAUUUCCCCCUACCAGGUGUAUGGGCCGAGCCGUGGCAACGGCUAUGGGUCGGUGGCCUUCCCUUCAGUAGCCGACGCACUACAGGAUGCAGUCAGGGGGAAGGGGGCUGCAGCAGAGGGUGCUGUGGGAACUCACUGUUCUCAAAUUCCAUCCGCUGCUCUCUCCCCACCUUGA